AUCGUUUGAUCGUUCAUUAUGGUUCAUUCGCUUAUGCGAAUUAGUGAAAUGUAUAUCUAUAUCUUUGUCGAAUAUGUGCAUUGUUAAUUUCUAAUUUCACAUAUCGCACUCACCACUAUUGUGCGCGGGUGUUUUUUAUAAGCGUUCUUUAUAACUGUCAAUUCGUUUCAUAAUUUCUUCCGAAAAAUUGUUCCAUUAUAAGUGAUAUAAAAUGGCAUCAUUGAAACUAUUAGUGGGUGGUGCAAGUGCCAUCGGUGCUAGUGCUCUUACUUCUUAUCUAUUAAUGUCCGAUAAUACAGUACAUGCGGAUGUAUGCAAUCCACGGCCAUUAAAGAGGCCUUUACCAACUAGAGAAGAACAAGUGAAAACAUUGAAGAAUACUAGCGAAUAUGAUGUUCUUAUUAUAGGUGGUGGUGCAACAGGAGCUGGAUGUGCAUUAGAUGCUUGUACACGAGGUUUGAAAACAGCUUUAAUUGAAGGAGAUGAUUUUUCUUCUGGUACAUCUUCUAGGAGUACAAAACUUAUUCAUGGAGGCGUUCGUUACUUACAAAAAGCUAUAAUGCAUGUUGAUGUCGAACAAUAUAAAAUGGUUAAAGAAGCAUUACAAGAACGAGCGACUAUGUUACAUAGCGCGCCUCAUUUGGCUCAUCCUUUGCCUAUUAUGUUGCCUGUAUAUACAUGGUGGCAAAUUCCUUACUUUUGGGUUGGUAUAAAAAUGUAUGAUUUUGUUGCUGGAAGAAAAACAGUAAAAUCGUCAUAUUUUCUUAGCAAAAGAAAUGCAUUAGAAUUAUUUCCCAUGCUGAAAGGAGACAAACUUACAGGAGCUAUUGUUUAUUAUGAUGGUCAACAAGAUGAUGCCAGAAUGAAUUUAGCAAUUGCGCUAACAGCCUCGCGACAUGGUGCCACAGUUGUAAAUCAUGUUAAAGUUGUUAAUCUUUUGAAAGGUCUUGAUAAGGAUGGUAAUCGAAUCCUUACUGGUGCACGUGUGAAAGAUGAACUUACAGGUGAACAAUGGGAUGUAAAAGCAAAGGCAAUAAUAAACGCAACGGGUCCAUUCACGGAUCAUAUUAGAAAAAUGGAUGACCAAAAUGUUAAAGAAAUUUGUUCUCCUUCUUCUGGUGCUCACAUUGUUCUUCCAGGUUAUUAUAGUCCUGAUCAAAUGGGUUUAUUGGAUCCAGAAACAAGUGAUGGCCGAGUGAUUUUUUUCUUACCAUGGCAAAAACAAACAAUUGCAGGAACAACUGACUUACCCUGCGAAAUAACACAUAAUCCUCGACCAACUGAAGAUGAAAUUAUGUUCAUUUUACAUGAAGUAAAGAACUAUCUCAAUCCGGAUGUUGAAGUUCGCAGGGGAGAUGUAUUAUCUGCUUGGAGUGGAAUUAGACCUCUCGUCUCUGAUCCGAACAAACCGGACACUCAAUCUCUUGCCAGAAAUCAUAUUGUACAUGUUAGUCCUACGAAACUUAUCACAAUAGCUGGAGGAAAAUGGACGACAUAUAGAGCUAUGGCAGAGGAAACUAUCGAUGCAGCUAUUAAAGCUUGUGAUUUAAAACCUGAAAGAUCUUGUCAAACAAAUGGUUUACUUCUCGAGGGAGCUCAUGGUUGGAGUCCAACGAUGUAUAUUAGACUAGUUCAAGAUUUUGGUUUAGAAUGUGAAGUUGCACAACAUCUAGCUAAGAGUUAUGGGGAUCGUGCAUUCGCUGUAGCAAAAAUGGCUUCUCUUACUGGUAAAAGAUGGCCAAUUAUAGGCAAAAAACUUCAUCCUGAAUUUCCAUACAUCGAUGCAGAAAUUCGAUAUGGAGUUCGUGAAUAUGCGAGAACAGCAAUUGAUAUGAUCGCAAGACGAUUGAGAUUAGCUUUUUUGAAUGUUCAAGCUGCACAAGAAGCUCUUCCAGGUAUCAUUGAUAUCAUGGCAGAAGAAUUACACUGGUCGCCAGAAGAAAAAAACAGGCAAACAAAAGAAGCUAGUGAAUUCCUCGCUAAUGAAAUGGGACAAAUGGUUAAUCGUGCAUCUCGUGAUAAAAUUCCUAUUAAUCUCACAAAAGAAGAAAUUCAGUUAUAUAUUAAGCGUUUUGGAAUCAUCGAUAAAGACAAUAAAGGCUACGUUUCUAUUAAUGAUAUUAGACGAGGACUUAAGGUACUUGGCAUAAAAUUGAAUGAAGAUGAGAUACAUAUUUUGCUCAAUGAAAUUGAUCUCAAUUACAAUGGGCAAAUGGAGUUACAAGACUAUCUACAGCUGUUCGGUGACAAAGAAGUACCUGGUGAAGAGCUUCAUGAAAUAUUGCGCGAAAUCGACACUAAUAUGAAUGGUCAGGUCGAAUUGGACGAAUAUCUUCAGAUGAUGUCGGCCAUAAAAUCUGGACAUGUGGCAUAUUCACGUUUUGCAAGAAUGGCAGAGAUGGAAGAGGCGCAACACGAGAAAGAAAUAUUGAAAAAACAGAUUAGCGUAGAAAGAUCAGGCGGUGGAUUGUAAAAAAAUUCACAUUCUGCAGCAUUGUAUAAUUUUCCGUAUGCUUCUAAAUGUGAUUCACAUAUUUAAAACUCUAAUGAAUUCUUUCUUAGGAUUUCUUCAUUUUGAAUUUUCAUUGUAGCUCAUUUUAGUACAAAUUUUUUAGAAUGUUUUUUAGGCAAAAUCUUCACUAGAAUAUUUUAUUUUUAGAAUAUUUUUAACAAUUUUUAGAAUAUUUUUAACAAAUCUAUCAAUCAUUUUUUUUCGUACUUUAUAUAACUUUUUAUCUUUAUUCAGCUUUCAAGCUCUCAAUGAAUAAGACAUGAUGAAAAAAAGAUUUUAAAUAUAAUAUAAAUUAAAUACGGCUGCGCCGUAACUUAUUUAUUUUAAUAAUCAACUUCAAAUAAAAACAUGAUCAUGAUAUAAAUUUUAAUUUUAAUAUGUAAAUAUCUUUAUGUACAGUGUUUCAGUUUUCAUUAAUAGAACAGAUUUGUUCUAUCUCUAUGUCUGUAUAUACGUUUUGAAAUGCAUCAAUAUAA